UUUCCCAAGUCGCUUGAAAGAAUAAUCUGUUCAGAGUUCUUCAGGAGAAGAGGAUUUUGGAUAUUUAAAAACUCUUUUUAAUGUUCAUUUAUUUUUGAGAGAGAGAGAGAAAGAAUGAACAGGGAAGGACAGAGAGAGAAGGAGACACAGAAUUGGAAACAGGCUCCAGGCUCUGAGCUGUCAGCACAGAGUCCUAUAUGAGACUCGAACCCGCAGACCUUAUGAUCAUGACCUGAGCUGAAGUCGGACACUUAACCAACUAAGCCACCCAGGCACCCUGGAUUUUUUUUAAAUCAUUUUGGUCUGGUUCAUAGCAAAAUAUCAAAUUAUCAAGAUUCUGAUCUUAAGCGAAUGAUGUUUUUAUUUCAUCCUAGGGAAAAAAACUUGGAAAGUACUUGGUUCAGCUUCUUUUCUUAAACCUUCUACUCCAAGUCUGAUGCUAAGUUCAAAGGAAAGCAGUUCUCAGAAUUUUGACCUUGAUUUGUAUAGAAUCCACCUAGCCACUUUGAUUUCCAAAUCUUAAAGGAAAAAAUCUUGUAUAUUAACUUUGACAAACUGCUCCCUGUAAUUGAUUCCUUGUACUUGAUAUAGUGGCCCAUUGAUUCCUUGCUUUCUGAGGAUGUUUCUCUAUUUUUAUUCUAGAAGUCGAGGAUUAAAAUGAGCUAUUCUCUACCUCAUUUAAACAUGGUGAUUUCAAUAGGACACAGUAGUUUCAACUGUUACAACCCUUGAUGUUGCACAUUAAAGAGCCAAACAAUAAGCACCCCCCCCCCCAAAAUAUGCUUCUUUGGCAUAAGGAUUUUUUUUUUAAAAACUGCAUACACAGGGGAAGCUCUGAAAACAGAGGUAGAGAGUAAGUACCCUUUGGUAAGAGAAAGCUGUAUUUAAAAUGAAAUUUUACAUUAGAAAGGGCUCUUAUACCUGGAAGAGAGCUAUUACCAGAGAUCUUUUUGCCAUGAGAGGCCCAUCUGCAUCUGCAGGGCAAUCUCUGUUUAUCAGACGUCCUCCUUUUUCCUUCCAAUGAGUUGUUACCUCAGCACGUCCCAAUAUUUAUCUUUUGUCUUUACCUGAACUGGCAUUGAAGUUGGUGGCUUGGGCCAUUUCAUGGAGUUAUUCAUUUUUCCUGGACAUCUCCCAUGUAUACAUGAGGUAUGCAUGUUCAUAAACUUCUGUUUGUUUUUCUACUGUUAAUCUGUCCUUUAUUACAGGAGGUAUCAGCCAAGAACUUAAAAGAACAUUCUUUCUCCCGUGCAACACCUAAUGCAAUGAAAAAACCUGAAGAUGAAAUUUAUAAUGACUAACAGUAGCUGCUGCUUCUGUGAAGCGGUAGAUGCUGUUGCUGGGAAACUAAGUGGAAGGGAAUUAGAGAAAAUCAAAGCUUCUACAUUUGCAGACUUAACAGGUGUGGAGAUGGCCUCUUCCCAAGAUGCCAGGUAUGGCCAGAAAGACUCCUCUGAUCAGAACUUUGACUACAUGUUCAAAUUGCUCAUCAUUGGCAAUAGCAGUGUGGGGAAAACAUCUUUCCUCUUCCGUUAUGCGGAUGACUCCUUUACAUCUGCAUUCGUCAGCACAGUUGGGAUCGAUUUCAAAGUAAAAACUGUAUUCAAAAAUGAAAAGAGAAUCAAGCUUCAGAUUUGGGACACAGCAGGCCAGGAAAGAUACAGAACUAUCACCACAGCCUAUUAUCGUGGAGCCAUGGGCUUUAUUUUGAUGUAUGACAUCACAAAUGAAGAAUCCUUCAAUGCGGUACAGGAUUGGUCAACUCAAAUUAAAACAUACUCUUGGGAUAAUGCCCAGGUUAUCCUGGUUGGGAACAAAUGUGACAUGGAAGAUGAGCGGGUCAUCUCAACGGAGAGAGGCCAACAUUUAGGAGAACAGCUUGGGUUUGAAUUUUUUGAAACAAGUGCCAAGGAUAACAUUAAUGUCAAGCAGACAUUUGAGCGUCUUGUGGAUAUCAUCUGUGACAAAAUGUCAGAGAGUUUGGAGACAGAUCCGGCCAUCACUGCCGCCAAGCAGAACACAAGACUCAAGGAAACCCCUCCUCCACCACAGCCCAACUGUGGUUGUUAAUGUCCCCACAAAGGCAGUUCUGCGGGGCGGGGGGCAGAUCACCAACCAACAGCAUUUAUAAAUGGUUGAUUAACCUUCAUUUAUACUGCCUAAUAAUUAUUUGAGGGAAAUCUUUGAUGUCAGUGGCUCAUACAUGCAUUCAAUUUGUGGGAGAUUUCCUGUGUUAAUAUGUGGCAAAUAUGUGAUCUCAAAUUUGUAAGGACUAUCCAUCUAUAAACAUCUGGUAUUUGCAUGUAAUUUGUUA